AUGAACAUUUGCCGACUCUCCCACUCAUCGGACGAGGACAUACAAACAAACAGACUUCACAUUAAUAAUAUUAGUAAGGAUUCUUUACAUUGUAAAUUUUCAGAACGCGAUACUAAAGUCACUCCCAGCGUAGCGAGUAAUGAAGAAGACAGAGUUACGGAUGGCGGGAAGAAGGCUAUGAAAUCAAUGGAAGAGGAAGAAGAAGGAGAGAAAAAGAAGCAGAAAGACGCUGGCUACGAGGAUGAUAAGGAAACGGCUGAUAUUCGGAAAGAAGAGGAAAUUAGGGAGAUGUCGAUUGCUACGGUGCAUCCACUGAGAGAUAAUUGUACACCACCGGCGAUUGAACAAUUCCCCAGACCCCUCAUGGGCCAAUCAGCGCGCAAGCACGGCGGUCUCAUCAUCCACAUCAUCGUGGCCGUGUUCACCUUCAUCGGGCUGGCCAUCGUGUGCGACGAAUAUUUCGUCUGCAGCCUGGACAGGAUCUGUGAAGAGCUGAAGCUGGCGCCGGACGUGGCGGGCGCGACGUUCAUGGCGGCCGGCUCGUCGGCGCCCGAGCUCGCCACCGUCGUCAUCGGCGUCUUCUGCGCGCAGGACGACAUUGGCGUGUCCGGCGUGAUCGGCUCAGCGGUAUUCAACAUAAUGUUCGUGAUAUCGGUCUGCGCGCUGUGCGCCGGCACCGUGUCGCACCUCAACUGGUGGCCGCUCUGCCGCGACUGCUUCUUCUACGCCAUCUCGAUACUGGUGAUGCUGUGCACCAUCGCGAACAACUAUGUGUCCUGGCCCGAAGCCCUAUUCAUGCUGAUAAUGUACGGCGUGUACUGCGUGGCGCUCCGCUUCAACACCGCGCUGGAGGCCUGGGUGCUCACGUGGCCGCUGCCCUUCAAGCUGCCCACGCGCGAGGAGCAGGCCGCGCUCGUCACUUACAAAAGCGGCGGCCAACCGCCAGCGCCCCCGGCUGCGGCGCCCUACAGCAACGUGGACGGGCAGACCAAGGACUCGCCCGCUGAACCCGCUCCGUACAACCCGUCGGGCGCGUACGAGAACGCGGCGUACAACGCGGAGCCGGCGCCCGUGUGGGACCCCGCCAGCGCGUGGGAUCCCAACAACGCGUGGGACCAAGAGACUGCACUGCAACAACCACCAGCUAAUCAGGGUUGGAACGUCACUCAGCAGCCACAACAACAAAAUGCACAAACGCCACAGACCCCUGGACAAGCGGAACAACAAACGCAACAAACGCAACAGCCACAACCACAGCCCUACUACAAGGCGAAGGAAUACAAUCCCGAGACAGCUGUGGACCCUCUCGUCAAGCCCAUCGGAGCCAACUUCGUGCAGCUCGCGUGCUGGUACGUGGCGUUCCCGGUGCACUGGUCGUGCCGGCGCACGAUGCCGGACUGCCGCGGCCGCUGGUACCCCGUCACCUUCAUUAUCUCGAUGCUGUGGAUAUCCUUUUACUCGUACUUUAUGGUCUGGAUGAUUACCGUUAUCGGCUACACGCUGGGCAUCCCGGACACGGUGAUGGGGCUGACGUUCGUGGCGGCCGGCGUGUCCGUGCCCGACGCGCUCUCCUCGCUCGCCGUCAUCAAGGAGGGGUACGGUGACAUGGCAGUGUCCAACGCGGUGGGCUCGAACGUGUUCGACAUCCUGGUGUGCCUCGGCUUGCCCUGGUUCAUCCAGACCGCCAUCAUACAUCCCGGCAGCCAUGUUAACGUUAUUAGCAAAGGGCUAAUCUACUCCACGCUGUCCCUGUUCUCGACGGUGAUAUUCCUCGUGCUGGCCACGCACGCCAACGGCUGGAAGCUCGACCGCAAGUUCGGCGCCGUGCUCAUGGUCUGGUACUUGCUGUUCAUUACGCUCGCGAGUCUGUACGAGCUCAACGUGUUCGGCAUCUACCACCCGCCCGACUGCGUCUCGACGUAUUAGAUUUGACAGUUGACAGCAGCUGUCAAGUGGAAACAGUUUUGUUUCUUUUUUUUCUUUUUUUUAUUGUGAUGACUGCAUAUUUGCAAAUGGUUGAUGACUUUGACAGAAUGUUUUUUUUUUUGUUUGCGGUACUGUGUGUGUAUCAAUUUGUAGAAUUAUUUCUAUUUUGGAAUAAGGUUUAAUUUUUUGGUAGAUCGAUUGUAUAAAAUAAUGUUAAAGACUACUUUUUGAUUUGUGAUAAUCUCACCAGAAUACGUUGCAUGUCUGCUAGAUUUUUACAAAAUAAUAAUUGAAGGUUUUUAUAUAUUAGACUUUUAUUCAAAGAAAAUAAAACUGUUUCCAUACUGUUAUUUUACAUCUACUUUCUCUUCUUACACGUUGGUAGAUGUUGAUAAUAUUUGUUAUAACUUCUAGAACUAUUUAGAUUAACGCAUCAAGUGAUAUAGAUACGCCGUUACGGCAUAAAAUUGCUUUAAAUGCUUCAAACAAAACGUAUCACAAUACAAAAUGAUAAUUAUUUACGAAUAAAAUGUAACGACGUAUGUAGAUCGGACGUUAUACUAUUUUAUAAGUUCUGAUGUCCCAAAUAGUGUCAUUAAACCCAGUUGUAAUGUUUGAGUAGACGAAUAAACUAUAUAUUAUACCUCGGGUCACUCAGUUGUCUGCAAACAUUCGCGCAGUUGAUGAAUGUCUCCGUUCACGUAUGGUUCGACAUUUGCAAAUGUCGUCCCGCACUUAUGAGUUUGCGCAUUUGUGCGAAUGCAAGUGGCCUGCAUUAUACUUAUGGUGUUGGUUUGAUUUAUAUAAAUAAUGCGAGAAAUUAUUAGAAUGCAUUUGUGAUAGGAAAGUUUAUAAAUGAAGUGUCAUAUAAUCUUAAAAAA